UAAAAAACCAUGACGUCACCUUUUAAAAGAAGGAAAACGAAAUGAGGGAUUUCGACUUUCAGUUCAUGUUUCCAUUGUUUAAUUGUAUUUUUGAUCUAUGAUUACGUUAAAGAUGGACGUAGACAAUGAUUUAGAGGGUAACCUGUUGCAGCAGUUCAGUUCAAUGGGAACAACAGACAAAGAAGUGCUGAUAGCUGAAUUCCAAAACUUAUUAGGAAAUCAGCUGAACCCUGCAGGAUGUGCAUUUUUUCUAGAUAUGAACAAUUGGAACCUUCAAGCAGCAAUUGGUUCAUACUAUGAUUUUGAUCAGCCCAAUGUGAAAGUUCCUGAGCUGGCUUUUGUGAGUGACGUAACAGUGGGUGAGGGAGAGGCUGUUCCACCUAACACAACAUUCACAAAAACAUGGAGGGUUGAAAACUCAGGAGAUGAGUCAUGGCCACCAGGCUGCCAGCUUCGAUUCUGUCAAGGAGAGAACCUGGCCAACACAGACCGUGUGUUGGUUGAGACUUUAGGCCCACGGGCAACAACAGACAUCAGCGUUCAGAUGCAGGCCCGCUCCGAACCUGGAACCUACCAGAGCCAGUGGAGGAUGUGCACCGCCACUGGCAUGUUUUUCGGAGAAUCUGUAUGGGUGAUUAUAACUGUAGCAGAAGGAGGUGUGUUAGGAGUGACUCAGCAACUUUCACGUUUUGGAAAUGAAUUUGUGCAUAAUCCCUCCCCACAAGGUGCUUCAAACCCAUUUCUUUCCCCAAGUAAAACUAAUCAGGCUGGAACAGACAGUAUGAGUUGCCUGCCUGCAUUCAUGUCCCCAAAUGAUUCCCUGGUUGCUCAACAAGGAAGCCCUUACACGAGCCAGCUAAGCCCCAGUCCUGACCGGACAGCCCACACAGGGGCUGGGUUACCUAACCACACAACAGCUCCUGCCAGGACACUUUUCCCAGGGUUGAAUGGUGGGGCAGAGGGAGAUGGAGACUGUGAUACAAUGCAAGAAGAGGAAAUGUCCUAGCAGGCCUUGUGGCGAUGAAGCUUUGGAAAUAGUGACACAAGGAGCAUCUCAUUAUACAGUUAAUGUAUGAAGAAAAACUUGCACUGCCUUGCAGGAGUUGGGGAGAAACCAUUCCACUUGCUGGCCUGGAAGUAUUGGCCACUGAUUUAGUAUGGGAAAUAGAGGCACAACAAGGCCCCAAACUGAAUGGUCAUUGUUUGACAAUUAGUGAAUAAGUGUAUUACAUUUACUGUUCCUCUAUAGGAUAAUGCAAAUGGGUUUUUUUCAAAGCAGGUAUCAACUGCACGUAAGGCAAGCAUACACAAUUUUGGUAAUGGAGCUUUUUUGUUUUAAGUCAGCUUAUAAACUUUUAAGGCUUGUGGUUUAUAUUUUAUUUGGCUUCUUGGUGCCAAAGGUACAUGCCAGCUUUGCACACAAGCAAUAGUUCUUUUGAGGAUAUUUUAAUAAAGACAGUUAUUCUCUUGUUUUAAUACUGGCAAUUUUGGUAUAACAGUUAAAUGUUAAUUACAGAAAACUCAUGAAUUUAUGAACACAUUAAGUUGAGCAUAGAGAGAAUUCAUAGUGAAAUGGAUCAUAGUGAUUGCCUGCAUGAACAAGUACAUACUGGGAAACGCGCAUUGUCAGUUAUACAAAUGAAGGUGUGUUUUUUGUUUUGUGAAUGAAUUUUUUUGUGGAAUAUACUUCCUUCUUUUGUCUGUAUGUUAACUCAAGUAAGUUUUUAAAUUGCAUGUACCCCGUAACAGUAUCUACUCCACAUGGUAAUACAGUUACAAAACCAUUGAUUAUGUAUCAUGUGAUAUAUGCACUAACUGUUGAAAAUAAUUUCCAAUGAUAUUUUUUAAACCAGAGAAAAACUGCAAUGAACACUAAAUUAUAUAGGUUUUGGCUUCCAACAGAGAGAAGAAUUUAUCACUUGUAAAAGUAUGAAACAAUUAUUCAGAUAUAAAAAUGCUCAUUUAUUCAGAUUGUUUAGUUUUGUCAUAUGUUAUUCAAUAUUUUUUCUGGUUUAGCAUUGAUUUUAAAAUGUUAAUACUGGAGUGACCUUCCAAAAACACCAAAAUCCUGUUGCUCAUAUAUGUCUUAUACAUGUAGCUAGAGGUAAUUAUUUUUACAUUCAUAUUGGAGUUUUAGGUGGUGUGUUAAAAAAACUGUUCAAAGUAUUGUCAUAGUUUUUUUGUGUUGUCGUUGAUGGAAAACUUUCUAACUGUACUUAUGUACAUGUACCUGCAAAACGUCAAAGUGCUUGCUAGUGUCAAGUGGAUUUGAGCAGCAGGAUUUGUACCACAGUGCCAUGUUUCUGACCAAACCCAAGAUACUGUUCUGUUGGUGAAUAUAUUACCGUAAGCUAUGCAUCUUUUGUUUUCCAAUAGACCUGUACCAAACCAACUUAUAAUUAUAAAUUUUUGUUUCGUGAGAAAACCAAGGCAGUUGUAGAUGAAAGCCUGAUUUUUCAUUUUUUUAAAGUUUUUCUUUCAAUUUCUGUCAUUAUUCAAAGUACAUGCACUUUUAUUCUAAAUAACUGUCAAGACACAAAGUAAAGUAGCUUCAUCUCCUAAAGGUUGAAAAUUGUUACGUACAAACAUUUAUUUUCAAUAUUUAAUUUUCCUGAUACAGACUGAACAAUUUUUCUAAUUGGUCACCUCAAAUAUUUUCUAAAAUAUAAUUGUCAAAAGUAGUUGUAAUUUACAUAAGAAAUCCUUUAUUAAUAAGGAAUGCAUGUGCAACCAAUUGUUGAUGUAACAUAAUGAUGUUGGUUAAAUCAAGAGAGAAGUAGUAAAACUUGCCAUGAAGGUUCACAAUGUGGCGGAGAGUCGCAGGUUCUGUGUGUGUGCGUCUGUCUUAGACUGAACCAUGGCAUUACCAAGCAUUAUAGGAUUUUUUAAAAACUUACUUGUAAAUUAUAUCAAAAUCACUUGGCACAAAUGCUCUCCACAUUGACCUUAAGUGUUGAUGAAACCGUAAAAAAAUGAAAAUUUAUAACUGGUAGGUUACAAGAACAACUUUAAAUUUGUGCUGUUUUUUCCGAAUUUGUACCCAGUCAGGGAGCAUACAUAAGAUAGAGUGAUACUUUUUUAUGAAAGGAAACUAUUUUACAUUUCAUUGCAAAACUUGGCUGGACAGAAGGGGUAAUAACUGUGAAAAUGUGAUGGUAAAGAUCCCCUAAACAAUCAUAAGAUUUGUUUUAGAAACUGGAUGUCCUUUAGGCUAUUACGUUUGAGGUGACAAACUACCCAGUAGCAAAUGUAUUGCAAUUUUAAAAAUGGCCAAUUAGAAAAUCUGUUCAAUGUGAAUCACACAAAAAGUGUAUUGUUUUGGAAAUGUUAAUGAUUUUAAUUAUAUAUAAUGCUUUUGUAUAUAUUAAACAUGUUAAUUUAAUAAGGCACAAAAUAAAAUGUGAUCUCAA